AUGCCAUUUCUCAAAAAUUUGAAUAAAAAAAUGAAACAGUAAAUAUCAAUAAUUAAGUUAGAGUUACAAUCAUAAUUUGUCCAAGCUCUAAAUAAAUUUAAGAUUCUGCUGAUGACCAUAAAUCUGGAACAAAGUAAUAACCUUUUAUUUUAGCAUAGCUUAUUCAAAUUAAUGUCAAGAUACACAAUAUAAUAACCUCAAUUAUAACCUUAUUAAUAUCUUAUCUAAUUUAAUAUUAAAUAUCUAAUAUAUUAUAAGAUGAUGUUUAAUUUCUAUUAUUUUUGA